UCACUGCCUAAACCGGUCAUAACUCCACCCUCGGUGGAGGUGCAAGAAGGAGCUCCAGUGAGGGUGGAGUGCUCGGCUGUAGCUCCCUGCCCCCUUCUUCCCCCGGCUCUCACUUGGACCCCUGCUAUAGGUGACGUUAAGAAGAACCAACAAGCUGCAUCUGUGACCUCCGUUAUGACCUUCACUGCUUCCCGCCUCCACAACGGACAGAGGUUACAGUGCUCUGCUCUCUACAGCCGACAGGCUGGAAACACUGACCUUCAGUAUGAAAAUAAUCUGACCCUCCGCAUUCUCUAUCCUCCAAACAACACAUGGGUCAGCCACUCCAGUCCCGUGAUAGAGGGCACCUCGGUGAACUUGACCUGCAACACCGACGCAAAUCCGUCCGUGGACAAGUUCACCUGGUACAAAGUGGAUGGAGAUCAGGUGGAGGCAGUGGGUUUCCACGCUUUGCUUUCCACUAAUGUCUCAGAGGCGGACAGCAGCUUCUUCUGCCAAGUCGGUAACAGAUAUGGAAGCCAGAACUCGUCCACCACUCAGAUAGACGUACAGUUUCCUCCCAAGGGAACCACAGUCAUUGUCCAACCCGACGGUCCCAUACUGGAGGGGGUCUCCGUGUCUCUGCUCUGUAAGAGCCGUGCCAACCCCCCCGUGACCAACUACACCUGGUACAAAGAUGAUGAGAAGAAGGUGUCUGGGUCGAGCUUGAACAUAAGCAACGUCAACCCGAGCCACAGAGGUCACUACCGCUGUGAGGCCAGAAACGAGCUGGGGGAGGGUCAGUCAGCAGCGACUCAGCUGGACAUUCAGUUUGCUCCACAGAUUCUUCCUUCUUCAAGCUGUGUCAGCUUUUAUUCCCUGAUCCGAUGUGUUUGCAUCAGCCAGGGGAACCCUCUUCCCUCCCUUUUAUGGCAAUUGGCUGGAGAGGCUGUCAAUCACUCUGUCAUCCCAACCACAGAAGUUCCCCUUGGGAGUUUGGUUAAGUGGAGCCAAAUCACCCUGAACUAUUUGGACAAAGACGUGUCCUCUCUGGUCUGCCUUAGUAACAACUCUGUGGGCUCCGAUCGCUUCGUAUUCAACGGCAAAACUAAUCUAGACUUUUCAGGCCUCCAUUCUUUGUCUCUCUUGAUCGGCUCUUUGGUAGCAGCCAUAGGGACGACGCUGGUAUAACUAAUCUUUUCAGACCAGAUCAUCAAACGUCAACGUGAGUUAUGUCAAUAAAGCCUUUCUGAAAGAGUAAUGUAAGCGAUGGAGGACACACAAGGGAGGAAGAGACGGAGGCCAACGUCCAUCUGGCGGAAGGGAUGAAACCACACUGCAGGCCACCUUAUGCAACCUGAGUAAUGCCUCACACUCACGGCUUCAAGCUUAGCUCUCAGCUUUAUGCCACUUUAUUUUAUUAUCUUGUGUCUCUUUACUGAAAAAUACACAGAAGAACCAUAGAAAUGAAAAAAAUUUAGUA